UGGGUGUAUAAGGAAUAAGGAUGGGACAUACCAAGAGGAGGGCAUGAACUCGAUUAAAGAAUCCAUAUGGGGCAUGGCUGGAACAAAGCUUGUCUGUGCUGUCUUGUCACUGCCAGUACCUUCUAGAUCUUCAAAUCCUAUCAUUCUUGAACUCAUUGAGCAGAGAAGUGAGAGAACACUUCAGAAGAUUCUUUUAGUUGGAUGUAACGGAUCUGGAGCAAGUACUAUAUUUAAACAGGUAUUUGACAAGCAAAGAUACUCGGAAAGAGUAGUCAAUGAGUCUUUGCUUCUUAAUUAGCCAAAAUUGUACUGAGUUUUCUGUUCAGAAGUCUUAUCUGGUCUUUUAGAAUACAGCUGUGUUUCUGUGCCCAGUUUUAUUCAACACUGAAGUACCAUACAUAUCAAACUAUAAAUCUUUGUUCCAGGCCAAGAUUCUAUAUGAAGCUAUCCCUUUUUCGGUGGAUGAACGCGAA